AUUCAACCCGCUAAUCUUCUGCAAAAUUCCUCUUGAUCAACUGGAUAGAUCCAAUGGCACCAACAUUGGCAUCACGCAAGCGAAAGGUUCUCGCGGAACCUGCUCCCGUUGAUGACGAGCUCGCCGGCGUGGAAUUGGACGGAGUUUUGUCACAGAGCGAAGAUGGAUCUGACUUUGAGGAAAGCGAUCUUGAGGAUGGACUCGACGGCCAGGACACGAAUGAGCACGACGAAGAUGAUGAUGACGAGGACGAUGAUGCGUACAGCGAAGACGCCUCCUCCGACGUAGACGACAGCUUCACGGCUCCUCCCCCACUCGACAUUGAUAAUUCGGAACCAAACUAUCGCGUCGUCAAGGAUGCCAACGGCGGGGAGCGCUACGAGUACGCUGAGGUUGAUCCUGUCUAUGACAGCGACGAUUCAGAUGCCCAAGGCCCAACCAACACAAUUGGCAACAUUCCCCUCUCUUUCUACGACUCCUAUCCUCACAUCGGAUACGAUAUCAAUGGCAAGAAGAUUAUGCGCCCAGCCACUGGGGAGGCUCUGGAUGCUCUCCUCGACAGUAUUGAGAUUCCCAAGGGUUGGACUGGCUUGACAGAUCCUGAAACUGGAAAACCUUUGGAUUUGACUCAGGACCAGCUUGAACUUCUUAAACGACUACAAAUGAACGAGGUUCCCAACGAGGAUUACGAUCCUUACCCUGAUAUGGUACCAUACUUCACAAGUAUUGAGGAAAAGAUGCCUCUGAGCGCUGCGCCAGAACCGAAGCGGCGAUUUGUUCCCUCAAAGCAUGAAGCCAAGCGUGUUGCCAAGCUUGUCCGAGCCAUCAAGGAGGGACGCAUCCUACCAUACAAGCCUCCCGAGGAGCGACAACGAGAAGAGGAAGAGAAGGAAGAGUCUUACUACGAUGUAUGGGCAAAUGAAGAGCCUCAAGACCCCCAUGUUAUGAACAUCCCAGCUCCCAAGCUCGCUCCUCCUGGAUACGACCUUAGCUACAACCCACCACCCGAGUACUUGCCGACCGAGGAGGAAAAGGAAGCCUGGAAGAACCAAGAUCCCGAGGAGAGAGAAAAGGAGUACUUGCCUGCCAAAUUCGACUCGCUGCGCAAGGUUCCUGGUUAUGGCGAGUUCGUCAAGGAACGCUUCGAUCGCUGUCUGGAUCUUUACCUCGCGCCACGAAUCAGGAAGAACAGGCUCAACAUCGACCCCAAUUCUCUUCUGCCCAAGCUUCCUCGACCAGAAGACCUCAAGCCUUUCCCCACCCUCAACCAGACCAUCUUCCGUGGCCACGAUGGUCGAGUCCGUUCUGUAUCGUUCAGUCCAGAUGGUGAGUUCGUGGCUUCAGGUGGCGAUGACGGCACAGUCCGUGUUUGGGCUCUCAACGGUCACCAAGAAUGGAUGGCAAAGCUUAGCAGCGAGGAGCCAGUCAACAUUGUGCGAUGGCGGCCCAAUAAGGAGACCUUUAUUCUGGCUGCUGCCGCUGGAGAGGAUCUUUUUUUUAUGAUUCCCUCGGUAGCCAGUGACGCUGUUGAGAAGGCCAGUCGCGAUGUUCUCGACGCUGGCUUCGGCUACGCUACUAAUGGCGCACAGCCCAGUGCAGUUAAUGGUGUGAAGAAAGAACCUCCUGCCAAGUGGUCACGACCUGGAGGCAAGCUGGAAGCUGCUGGUGUACUCCUCAUGGCUACUGUCAGGUCAACAAUCAAGGUCAUCAGCUGGCAUAGGCGAGGUGAGUUCAUCUCCACUGUCUCACCAACCGGACAAAGGAGCUCAGUUGCCAUCCAUACGCUCUCCAAGCAUCUCAGUCAAAUCCCUUUCCGAAAGCUGCCUGGUCUUGCCCAGACGGCUCAGUUCCAUCCUUCAAGGCCACUGUUCUUUGUUGCUACUCAGCGCAUGAUCAGGUGCUACGAUCUCCAGCGCCAGGAACUCGUCAAGGUUGUUCAACCUGGUGCCCGAUGGAUCUCUUCAUUUGAUAUUCACCCUGGUGGAGAUAACCUUAUUGUUGGCUCAUACGACAGGAGACUGCUGUGGCAUGAUCUUGAUCUGUCGUCUCGCCCUUACAAGACGAUGCGAUUCCACCCCGAAGCAAUCCGGGCUGUCAAAUUCCACCGCAGCCUGCCUCUCUUCGCUGAUGCCAGUGAUGACGGAACAUUACAGAUCUUCCACGGCAAGGUUGUGAGCGAUCUUAUGGAGAACGCGACUAUUGUACCUGUCAAGAUGCUCAAGGGCCAUAAAGUAAUCAACAAGCUGGGUGUCCUUGACGUGGACUGGCACCCUAAGCACCCAUGGUGUCUCAGUGCUGGUGCAGAUGGAACCUGCAGGCUCUGGGCAUGAUGAUGGUGUGGUGAAUGGUUCUACCCGUACCAUAAGGGGGGACGAGAACUUAAUUUUGGUCGCCGUGGAUUUUCUUCCAGCGAUGGCGUUAGGAAACAGAAAACAGAAUUACAUCAUAUUUUUAUUCAUACUUUUGCGUCAAUAUAUUCUGCUUUGUGAUCUUGUUUCUAGAUCCCGUCAAGGACUUAAAAAAUAUUCCAAUCUACUUCACACUGC